AAGAGAUUCCCAUUGGGGUGACUGUUGGCAAGUGUCAUGCUGCAGGAGAAGAUCCAAUGGAUCCUAUUGCCUUUGUUCUUAAUCCAAGCAAUCCUUACUUCAUGAUUGACAAAGCUCGUGGUACUCUACUAAUUGCAUCUAGACUGGAUGUGGAAGAGGCUGGAUUUAUCAGUGUUCAGUCAUUCACCGUUGUGGCUUGCAGCAGUACCCGGAGGUGUGCAGGCAUUCCUGUGAUUGUGAAUGUACAUGGAAUCAACGACAACGUGCCAUUCUGUCAUCAGUAUGUAUACAGAUAUACCAGCAGAGAAGUUAUUGCAAUUAAUACAGUGGUUGCUAAUGUCAGAUGUCACGAUACGGACAAUCCCCCCGAUGAACUCCAUUAUGAACCCAACAGUGGCCCGGUUGGUACUGGAAAGCUGUUUGAACAAGUUCCAGGUGCUAAAAAUGCUAUUCGGAUAACAGAAUAUUUGGACUACGAAGACCCACGGAAUCUUGCAGUUGGCAGCACCCAUGUAAUGACUCUCUCUGUUUUCGAUGAUGCAAAUCCAUCACACACAGUAACUGCUACGGUAAUUGUCGAAGUCUUACCUGUCAAUGAAUUUGGGCCGGCAUUCAGUAAAGCAGAUUAUGCGUUUGUUGUUCCUGAAACGGCUGGAGCUCACCAUAAAGUUGGACAAGUAACUGCCACAGAUGAAGACUACCCAUCAGACUGUGUGACCUAUAGAAUAGGCCAUGGAGGCAUUUUUUACCCCGUUGAGAUAUUCUGGUUGGAUCCAGUGUCUGGAGUGAUAGAACUGAUAACAGAACCAGACUACGAAUCUGUCCAGCAGUACAAACUGAUCAUUGAAGCUGUUGACUGUGAUCUGUUUCAUCCCAGAACUGCUAGUACUCUAGUGACAAUAGAUAUCAGAGAAGAGAAUGAUGAAGCCCCUCUAUGCACACCCCUUACCUAUAGAGCAACAGUGCUAGACAGUACCUCCCCAGGAACAAAUAUAAACAGCUUUCGGCUUACCUGCCAUGAUAGAGACUCUGCUGAUACUUCAAUGCGGUUUGAGAUUGUUUCCGGAAAUGGUGGUAACCAUUUCGGUUUUGACCCAAUUCGAGGGUCCAGUUCACCGCGACUGAUCGUGAAAAGCCCUUUCGACUUUGAAGAUAGAAUGGACGAGCAGACCCAGUAUCAUCUUGUGGUUCACAUUAUAGACGACAACUUGUACAAUAACUCUCUUUCCAGAGCUAUGACAGGAACAGUCCUGAUAGAUGUUUCUGUGGUUAGAACCAGGACUCCUCCAACAACAACGCCAUAUUUUGAUCCAAAGAAAGGUCUGACCAUUGUAUACACAUCAGUCAACACAUUCCGUUCUGAUAACUGGUAUGUCCCGUUCAUCUUCACACUGACGGCAAUUAUGACUGUUGGAUUGCUUGCUUGGUCGUGUUUUCUGAUGUGGAGAUAUGGCGGGUGUAAGGAAGCAUGUCUGAAACAGCGGAACAAAGCUCCCAGGGAAAUAAAAAGAAUAAAGAAAUAUAGUUUAGGAACCCAGAAAGAGAACAUGGAAGUGAUAACAGAAACCUCCACUUAUGAAACUGUGUUCAAUGGAGAAGCCAAAGAUCCAGUCACAGGAAAUCUCUAUCAGUAUAACAGCAAGUCAGGAGCAAGAAAGUGGAAAGUCCCUCAAGAACCCAUCAGAAACAAUCUGGAUCUCACAAGCAUAUCUUCGGUGUCUCGGAGUCUCUCUCCUGAAAAGAACAUGCCAAUGAAAUUCCCUAAAGAUCCAUAACUUCUUCAGCCUUUAAAGCCAAUCAUUCAAUCAUAACCGAUCUAUUUCUCUACUAGUCUUCAGCGGGAAGAUGGAUUUAGUAUCAGGGAGUGGGGUUCAGAUGGACUUUUGAA